AUGCGAUUACUGCAUGCACCUCACCAUGAGGAAACCACGAGUCUGACCGGCUUUACCCGUUUGGAGUCGAGAAGCAGCGAGAAACACACCUUGCGGCGUUCGUUCAUAUACACAACUCUGCCGGUUCUUCCAUCCUUGAGCCAGCUCCGUCCCUUCAUUCUUUUUUCAUCUCGUUUACUGGCAGAUGCUAUGCCGGGACUCACUCACCAAGCACACCCACUCACUGUCCCAGAGCUUGCAAUCGGAACGUACCUGGUCCACGCUCAUGUCGUUGCGCGCCUCUACCAUGCCCCAUUUGCCAAAGAGGACUGGGUUUCCACCGGACUGACUGGGUUGCUGCUUCUAGGGCGGGACCACAAACUGCGUGGCGCUGGAGAGAGCGAGUGGUGGUUCCGGCUGGUGGAUGAAGAGGGAAGCAAGCGCAAGACGGUGUGGAUAUUUAAGAUUCCGAGCUUUGGGACAACGUUUGAGUAUCGCGUGGACAAGCCCUUCUUCCAUAUAUUCGGCGGCGCUAGCAGAAGAUAUGGGUUUUUGUUUACUGGACAGGACGAUAACGCUGCGGGCGAGUUCGCCAUUGCGGUGAAGGAGAGCGUCUGCCUCCCGAAAGUGACGAGGCUACCACGUUCCUCUACCGACAGCAAAGCCAGCGCCUUGACGGCAUUUAAGCUCACAGGCGCUAUGGACUUCCACUUGCCGCGUAGCAUCCGUAGUCGCCUGGCUAAUUUUUCGCGGACGAGUAGCGUCAGAAGCGGUGCAUUGCCUCAGCAUAAGCUGAACACGAAGAUUUCAAGCCCACAGCAGGACUCGUUCGUACAUGUGGCACACGUCGGAAUGGGGCCGGCAGACGACUCUGACAACAGCGCGGAGUCGGAGCUGGAGGACGGUGGUCGCGGGAGUGCGUGGAUGAUUGUUGGCCGCGGCUCGGCCGAGUCGGCCCGGUUGCCGCAGGCGCUGUUGGUCGAGCAGCAUCAGAUGGCGGAGAAAUAUUUGAGACCAGAGCUCGUCGCGAGCCAAUCCUGGCCGGCAGGGAAAGUGAGUGAGGGACAACCGAAGACGCAUCGUAUCCGGCGAAAACCCUCGCCUAGGCUAUCGUUCUCUGAGUCUCCGGCAACUUAG